AUGGAAGAGCUUGGUGAAAGACAAUUCUCUGUGCUUAUUGAUGAGUCGCGUGAUAUAUCUGUCAAAGAGCAAAUGGCGGUGAUGUUGAGGUUCUUGAACGACAAAGAAAAAGUUGUGGAACGAUUUAUUGCUCUACAUCAUGUCAAAUAUACUACAUCUGAGGCACUAAAGGAUGCUCUUUAUGGAAUUCUUGAUCGUCACACAUUAUCUAUUUCAAGGAUACGAGGGCAAGGAUAUGAUGGGGCUUCAAAUAUGAGAGGUGAAUUUAAAGGUUUGCAAAGAAAGAUUCUAGAUGAAAACCCUUAUGCUUUCUAUGUCCAUUGCUAUGCUCACCGUUUGCAAUUGGUGGUUGUGUCUGUUGCUAGUAGUUGCUCAUCUAUUCAUGAUUUCUUUGAGCUUGAGAGUGGUGAGAUAUCUCAAGGAAAGGGCUUGCACCAAUCAUCUAGUCUCGCUAGAUCCGGAGAUACUAGAUGGGGUUCACAUUAUACUACCUUGAUUCGUUUGGAUGAGAUUUGGUCCUCCGUGUUAGAGGUGCUUAGUAUUGUUGAUGAAGAUGGACGUGGACCAUCUCAAGCAGCAGUUGAUGAUGUUAAAGCUCGAUUGGCUACAUUGAGAGAGAAUGGUUGGGAUGAUUUAUUUAUUGAUGUCCAAGAAUUUUGUAUUGCUCAAAGUAUUCCGGUGCCAAAUAUGGAUGAAGAAAUACCAGUUCGGGGUCGUUCAAGAAGAGAAGGGAGGACUGUCACUAAUCUUCACCAUUACCGUGCAGAGAUUUUUUAUGUUGCUAUUGACAAAAUAUGUGUGGAGAUGGAUCACCGAUUUAGUGAAGGAAGUAACAUUGUGCUGGAUUACUUCUCAUGUCUUGACCCCAAAAACUCCUUUUCUAAGUUUGAUGUUGAUAAGCUUGUUCGUCUUGCUGAUAUUUAUCAUGCAGACUUUUCUAAUGAUGAUCGUGGAACAAUAAGGGAGCAACUUGAGACUUAUGUACAUCAAGUGAAAAGGCAUGCUUCAUUUACUUCUUAUGAAGAUGUUCAAAGUUUGGCUAUGAAGAUGGUUCAAACUGAGAAACAUUUGGUAUUUUCAUUGGUCUACAAACUCAUUGAGUUGGCUUUGAUAUUGCUGGUGUCGACAGCAUCCGUCGAAAGAGCUUUUUCAGGAAUGAAGAUUAUCAAGUUUAAUUUGCGCAACAAGAUCAACGAUGUGUGGUUCAAGUCAUACGAACAUUCACCGCAAAGAGGUCUCGGAGAGGACAUUUACCUCCUAAUUUUAUUUAGCACACUAUUUACAGGUUAG